UUGGAAAUUUAACGUUGACCCUUCACUAGCUUUGAAAAGGUUGUGACACGACUGUGUAAUUUGAAAUGCGUGUUUUCCCUAUCAAGAUUGCAGUGUACAUUACUGUUGCUGUAGUUGUCUACAUAACAUUUGUAUACAUGAUUUUCCAUUUCCCGCUUUUUGCUAAAAUGACGUCCUUAUUACGUCACAUUUUGUCCAUGAGGAGUUCUAAACAUGUGUACGGAUUCGGUACGGUGAUGGUGGACGUUAGAAGUCUUGGCAAGAAGCUUGCAGACGACAGAAAUCUAGGAACGCUGUAUGCUACCAGAAAGACGCUGAAGGGUUUGAAAGAUGAAAGUCAGGCAAACAAUGUUUGCUUUGACCUCUCGUUAGGCAGAACUAGAAAUUUCGAAAACAAUUUAUUCAUAAGUAGGCCUAUAGAAAUUAUUACUGCGAGGCAGUCUUUAGAAAGUUACAAUUUAUUCACAAUGGAUAUGAAACAUCAAGGAGAAAGAAGCGUCAAAAGAAGACAUUGUAACAGCUACAUAACAGUUGAUUCGCCACCCGGUAGAUCUGGGAAUCAAAUGUUUCAAAUUGCAGCGUUGCUAGGCACGGCAUAUAACCUUGACUUAAUUCCUGUGAUACCACCAAACUCCCCAUUGUCAGAAUGGGUUGAACUUCCAAAUCUCAUUGACCUAAAUUUGACAGACGCUCAAUUGUUUGUGAUGAAAUCGAGUGGACGAUAUUCUAGAGAUAUUAAUUACUUGAAUAACAAGAAAAAUUGGACGCUUCGUGGGUAUUUUCAGUCUUGGAAGUAUUUCUCAAACGCUGAAAAUAUUGUAAAGAACGCGUUUAAGAUCAAAGACUCCUUUCUUGGUAAGGUGGAGUCGUUUAUUCGGAACAUAUCGCGACCUGGACAAGUAAAUGUGUGUGUACACGUAAGAAGGGGCGAUUUAAGCGACCAUGUCGCAAUGAGGAAAGGCUAUUCUAUAGCUGGAACGGACUUCAUUAAAAACGCCAUGAAUUUUUACCGAGGAAAGUUUAGAAAAGUAAAAUUUAUUGUUUUAAGCGACGGUAUACAAUGGUGCAUGGAUCAUAUUAAGGGAAUCGAUGUAAUGUUUAGUCCAUUUUAUAGAUAUGCCGAAGAUAUGGCGUUAAUGACACUGUGUGACCACGUGAUUGUAACUUCCGGAACGUUUGGAUGGUGGGGUGCGUGGUUAUCAGGGGGGACAACUGUGUAUUUCAAAGGCUAUCCAAGACCAGAAAGUUGGCUUGCUUCGCAAGUAAAUAGAAAUGAUUAUUAUCCUAAAGGCUGGAUUCCAAUGUGAAAUUUAGACGUCAGCAACGAUAGUGUCAUUACUAUUGACAAUCAGUUAUAAAUAUUUGACAACUAUCGUUGGACUAUAACCUUUAAAAUGUAACGAUUAUACAAUCAGUAGGGCUAUAGAAUUUGAUGAAUUUGAAAUGGGUAACUUGGAAGUACGUCGAAUAAUUCAAAUUGUGAUGCGCAAAAUGAUGAUAAAAGAAACCACAUGAAUAGUCUGGUCAAGGGAACGAUAUCAAUAUUUUUUAUCAGUAUUAUUAUAUUAAAUAAAAGCCAAGCAUAGGUUUUAUAAGAUAUAUUUUUCUAUAAUUAUGAGUAGCUGAGUGGUUAAAGUCGGUAACUGUAAACCACUUGACUCUCACCACUGUAGGAUCUAUCCACGCAAGUGUCUUCGAAUUCUUUCAUUUGAGAAAGCUAUCCAGCUAGCUAACGGAACGUCGGUGGUUCGAUCUACUCAGGUUCCCGUCUGUGCCUAUGCGCAAAGGAGCAACCGAGGUCUUCCUCCACCAAUAAAGCUAGAAAGUCGCCAUAUAACCUAUACUGUUUUUGUGCGACGUAAAACCCAAUAAAGAAAUGUGUUCUAAAGUUGCAUACUAGUUGUAUAGGAUUGAAGUACGUCGAAUAACUCACAGACACAAAGAAAUCCUAAUGAUGUGCCAAAUAAUGAUGUGUUAGAAUGCAAUGGUUGUGAAUUUAAACAAAGUUUACAUAAUAAAUAUACAAACACU